GAAAGUCUCUGGGAGCUGUUAGCCUUUUCUUGUUGGGUUCCUGUUUGUUUUCAGAGAAAAUGACCACACAGUCUCAGUUCUUUUUGUUCUCUUGUUAAAGCUCAUUCUUUUGUUCUGUCACAUGGAUGAGAGCUCUGAUAAACGCACUGGGAACCAGAUCUUUCAGCUUCAGAGAAAGAGCCAAUGGCUUGGUCUUGUUCCUUGCCCGUCGCAAUCUGAACUCUCAAGUCUUAUUAAAUCCCUGUUGAUUCCAAGUUCUUAAAUUUUGUUGCGAGUUCAGAGCAUUGAAGCCGAAAUGGGAGGUGUAUGCUCUGGUCGUGUAAUCCUGGAAAAUGAGAAGCCAGGGACGAAGAUUCCAGUAGUUUUUUCUAAAGUCAACUCAGUUGAUGGAUUCACUAAACAACAAGGUGGUUCUUCACCCAAUGACAAUGGCAAUCAGAAUGCACAGGAAAAGUGUGAUUCAGUUGAGCUCGAAUUGAAGCAACCAACGCCGUCAACGCCUAGAAAAACGGCCAAUAAGGCCAACCAGAAGAGCUCACCCUUUGGAAGAGUGGGCAUCUUGAGUAUCAAAAGAGCAGUAAAAGUUUUAGAUACACUAGAAAGCAGCAAUUGGAAUUUUAAUGUCAGCAAGGGGCUCAUCACGGGCGCGGCUUCCCGGGGCUGUGAAAUUUUGAUACUGGCAUUUGAAGUAGCCAACACAAUUGUUAAAGGCGCAAACUUGCUACGGUCUCUUUCUGAAAAGCAACUCCAGCUUCUAAAGGAAGAGAUUAUAACUUCGGAAGGAGUACAGAAUUUGGUUUCCACCGACACGCAAGAGUUGCUAACUAUUGCAGCUGCUGACAAAAGGGAGGACCUCGAAUACUUCUUGAGAGAGGUCAUCAGGUUUGGAGAUCAAUGUAAAGACCCCCAGUGGCACAACCUGGGUCAAUAUUUUUCAAAAUUGGAUUCGGAUAAUUCAAGAUGCAAGCUUUCUUGUGAAGAAGCAGAAACUUCAAUGCAACAGUUGAGUUCUUUGGCACAGCAAACCGUGGAGUUAUACCAUGCGUUGAAUGGUCUGGAGAGAUUCGAACGAGAUUAUCAGAGCAAGCUUAAAGAAGCAGAGUCCUACAAUCUUCCUUUGAGAGGAGAAGAUCUCAUGAACUUAGAAAGGGAACUCAAACAUCAAAAGAAGUUUGUAAAGAGCCUGAAGAAAAGAUCUCUGUGGUCAAUGACAAUGGAGGAGAUCAUGGCCAUGUUUGUCAAUAUUGUAGCAUACAUGCAUCAAAGAAUGAUGGAGGCUUUUGGUGACAAUGGCAAGACAAGCUUCAUCGAAGAAUACAGGACAAAUAACGGAGGUCCCCAAAGAUUGGGGAAAGCUGGUCUUGCACUACACUAUGCUAACAUAGUCGAGCAGAUAGAUAUGAUUGCAUCUCACCCAGCAGCUCUUCCUCCCAAUGUAAGGAGUACGUUAUACCAUGCAUUGCCAACCGUUGUUAAAACAGCGCUUCGAUCUCAUCUGCAGAGUAUUGAUGCCAAGGAUCAGUUGCCGAUUUCUCAUGUAAAGGCUGAAAUCAACAAGACUUUAAAAUGGAUUGUCCCUCUGGCAACAAAUACAAUUAAAGCUCAUGAAGGAUUUGGGUGGGUUGGAGAUUGGGCAAAGACUAGUAAAGAGGCUCCUAAGAACACAUCUACAAGAAACGGCAUGAUUCGCCUCCAGACACUGUAUCAUGCAGAUAAGGAAAAAGCAGAGCUAUACAUCCUUGAAUUAGCCAUUUGGCUACACCAUCUGGUCACCAUGGUGAAGCAGAGAAUCCAUGCUUUCCAGCCUUUGCCUAUUCGAUCUACCAUUCACAAGGGGAAGAAGUUACCCCCCAAAGUGCAGCCUCUAAUGUCUCCGUGAAGAAGCACA